AAAACAAGGGCAAGCACCAGCAGCCAUGGCUUCAGCUUCCUACUCAGAGGAUUUGACUUGCUCCAUUUGUCUGUCGAUCUUCAGGGAUCCUGCAAUCCUCCUGUGUGGCCACUCUUUCUGCAGAGAGUGCAUUGAGAAUUCUCUGACUUUACAGCGUCAGUGUCCACAGUGUCGGGCAGACGUUCCUAAAGAAGGAAAAUAUCUUUUGACCAGUCACAUUUUGAAAAAUCUUGCUGAAAAGGAAGCGCAGAGGCUGAGCACAGAACAAGGAAAUGGCAGAGAAUUCUCCGAGGUUGAUGAGCAGUUGUGUCCUGAACAUGAAGAAAAGCUGAAACUGUUCUGCGUCACAGAUCAGCAAUUAGCUUGUAUCAUAUGCCGAGAUGGGGAGAAGCAUGACGGGCACAGGUUUAAACCAGUCAAAGAAGCAGCUGCUGUUGUAAGGAAGGGGGUGGAGCCAUUAGUGCAAAACAUUUCUGAUUACGUCUGUGCUACAGAGAGGCUGGCCAACACACAGAGUGAAGAAAUAACAAAAACCAAGGGGAAGUCUCAGCAGCUGAUGACUCAGAUCUGCAGUCAGUUUGAGGAGAUGCAUGAUUUUCUGAGGAAGAGAGAAGACCAGAUCAAGCAAGAGCUGAAACAAAAGGAGGACGAUGCGGUCCAGAUAAUGAGUGAGACACUAAAAGCCAUGGAAACAGCUCUGACAGAGAGCAGAGAGCUGGAGGAACAAGUGACAUCUGCUUUGAAAAUCACAGACUCUGAGAAGUUCUUAAAGAAUUGGACUAAGAACAACAGCAAGAUGACUCCUGAACAUUUAUUCAGUUCUAUAGCCAAAGACUUUCAAGUGGUGAAUAGUUGUCUUUCUUUAGGACCUUAUGAAAGUCACCUGCAGUUCUAUGUGUGGAAGGAGAUGCUUCAGGUCAUCCAGCCCCGAGAAGAACAGCUGUCCCUCCAGAGUACAAGCAGAGACAUAACUGUGUCUGAUGGUGGGAGGGAUUUGAUGUAUGGUCCCCAAAUCAUCCAAAGUAACUACUGCACACCCUGUACAUAUUGUUCCAGGAAUCGUUCCAGUGGAUUUGGAUUUGCUUCCUAUACUUCAGUGAGAUGCAGGGAGAACACCACAGAACGAUGUGCUUCUGCACUCAGCUCCAGUGAGUUCACCUCAGGGCAGCAUUACUGGGAAAUAGAGGUUGGAAAAAGGAAAUACUGGAAAGUAGGAACAGGAAAGAAUUACCUGUGUUUUGAUCAACAAAAAUAUGUCACAUCUCGUCCAGACACAGAGUUAGAACUUACAGGAACACCACAAAAGAUUGGGCUCUACCUUGACUGCGUAUCAGCAGAGCUUUCUUUCUAUGAUGCAGAAAACAUGACUCUUUUACACACCAUGACAAAUUGUGACAUGUCAGCACCAGUGAAAGCAUUUAUAGAAUACAAAUUUAGUAAGGGAGCAGAUCACAACCCGCUAAGAGUGUGCUGGUUGUGAAGAGAGAGAGAGACACUGGGGCCACAGGGAAACGCCGAGCUGCAGAGAGACAUCCAAGAUGAUGUCUGAGAAGGUUCUUAGUCAUCCAGGAUAUGUUCCCUCUCAGAGAGUGCACAUAGAUCGAAAUGUACUUGCUGGUCAGCCUACAGAGGCUUAUUACCUGGACUUUUUCUCCCAGUCAGUCAGAACUUAUGAAGACUACAGACAAGGACCUUCUCCACUGUUUUAUUA